AGCUGAUAAUGGUUUCAGACCCUACAGACGGUUCCCUUCGUUCACCUUCGUUACCACUGCCAAUGGGGAAGACGGUGAACACAUCAAUGACAAUGUGCAAAUGUGCUUCACCCUCAGGCUUCCUCAAAAGCAAAAGUUCAACUUAGUGCUCUUAAAGGAGCUCUCUAAAUAAUGUGCUUUGACUACAUUUCUUCGUUUUCUUUAAUGGCAAUGCGAUGGCGCCACUAAUGGCUGCUCAGAAGUGACGCCACGGCAACGUAGAACGAUCGUAAGCCUGCUUUCAAACUUUGAAGUGAAGCUUUGGGCAAACUCUGAUCCUCUUUUCGUGGAAUGACUAGGCAGCAGCGAUGAUACAGGUGGUGGCACAAUGCCGCCACACCAAGUUCAUAUCGGAUAGCACUCUGAAGUGACCACUCGUUCCGCCCAGCCAGCAUUGGAAGCUCAAGGAUUGCACGAUGGCACUUCCGUCCUCUGCUCAGUAUCUUGUCUCCCUUGCCCGGGGUAGUAGCUCUUCCCAGCUCAAAGAAAGGGCGCUGUCUGCACUCUGUGCAUCCACUUCCGGCUCGUCAGUCUCAGGUCCAAACAGGCGCCACGAUGAGACGCGCGUGCAUUGCCUGGAUGACACAGAGCAGGCGGUUCCAAUCGGGGCGUCGAUUUCAUCGAAGGUGGCUGAGGGAUCGGCAAUUCGUGCAUGGUUGGCAAGGAAACACAUUUUGGCUCCCGCAAACAGGCUUGCGCGUUGCAAAAAUUUUCAGUCACUACAUCUAGAACUUGGUUCGGUCGCACAGUCAAUUGGAAUCCAGACAUGUUUGCCCGAUAAAACUAUUGGUAGUAAGUCCUUUGCGACAGCAGCAGCGAAAGGUGAUAGCGACCCGACGUUUGAGGAUUUCCUGAGCGGGUAUAAGAGUAAGAAAGAUGACGAUGGAGAGGAGGAGGCGCUGCGUCAGAGCAUGGCCGCAAUCAAGCAGAACCUGUCAGUCUCUGAGGGGGCUGAGCUUGGACCAGAGGCAGUCAACAGGUUUUACACCCUCAGCGAGGAAGACAUGCGUACGCGCUUAGCGGAGGGGUUGCCGAGAAGCCUGGAAAAGGAGUUUGCUCAACAAAAAGAGAAGCGGAUACUCGUUCGGCGGCAGGGACUCGACCUGUUUGAGAAAGUCAAACAGCGGGUUGAGGAUCGGAAGUCUUACCAGUACCGAGCGCUGGUUCUGAAAGGCCCCAAGGGAAGCGGCAAGUCGUCCUUGCUCGCACUGCUGGUGCAUCAGUGCCGCUCCGCCGGCUGGUUAGCGCUCUACGUGCCCUCGGGAACGUCGUGGAUCUCGGGGUGGUUCUACGGCAAGGAUGAGAAGUCGGGCUUCUUUGACACGCCGGUGCAAGCCGAAAAGGCGCUUAAGGCCCUGUUGGCUGCGCACGGCGACCUGCUGGAGUCGCUUCCGAUCCGGGUCCCGUUGAGCGCAAUCGGCCCAGUGUUCGGAGGGACCGCGAGCGUAGACCUGGACACGGAAGAGCUGGCCACGGGCACGCCUGAGGAGGGCAGUCUCAAGAGCCUCGUCGAAAAGGGGCUGGAGAAUGAAGGGGAGCGCGCCGGCGAGAUGCUCGCGCGGCUGCGGGUCGAGCUGACACGUGUCACCGAGGUGCCGGUUCUCAUUGCGAUCGAUGAGUAUAACAGCUGGUUUGGGACCAGCGCGUAUGGCGACGUCAACGAGGAGAACACCAAGACGAGACGCAUCGACGCCGGGGAGAUGCGACUGGUGCACGCAUUUGGGCAUCUCGACGGCGACCUCGGGCUGAAGAACGGAGUGGUUGUGGCCGCCGCGAGCGGGUCGCUGGGCCUCCCUGCGGACGUUCGCGACAUGCCCGGGGUGUACAAGGACGUCCGGAAGAUGGUUCACCGCUUCGACCGGGAGGAGACGGGGGCCAUUCUCACCAACUACUUCGCUUGCGGUGUCAUGAUCAACGCGUCCAAGCGCCCCAAAGACGAGACCAUAACCACCGCCCACUUCCUAACUGGGGGGAACGGCCACGAGCUUCGUUACUACGGCCCUCUGUUUCAAGCGGACCGGCCGGCACUGCCAACUCCGGAAGCUUUCCAACCGCUGCUUGCGGAAGGAGGAUACACGGGCGACGAUCGGCAGCCCGCGCCGAGGAUUCGCAACUUUGUGCAAUCAUUGAGUGGCGAGUUUUGAGGAGCACGGACACAGGCGUAGAGUCUUUGAUAUGGGUGUCUUCAUGCUCAGGUGGAAGGCGGGAUCAAUCCGGAAGGAUGAAGGGACUUGGUAAUCUGCUGAUGAGGAUAGAUCUAAAUCUUGGGCAGUUUCCAAUUAUGAGACCCAUUCAUGCAAACACAAGUUUCGCAUGGCACACUUUCGCAUGGCACAUCUUAGU